AUGGAGCCCAGUCCCGAGGCGCCGUCAACCGUACCGGCGACAGCGGCACAAGCCGUAUCCCACUUCAAUCCUCGUCCGUUUUCCUUCUUGCUGGUCCUCGUCGGCCCGCCAGGCAGCGGCAAAAGCAGAUUUGCUGGACUCUUGAUUGCGGAUGCUGCUUUACGAUAUGAGCGCGUUUGCCAGGACGUGGCGUCAGCGCGAGGGACUCCUGGCACUCGGAAGCAGUGCUUGGCGCAAGUGAGGAGGCACCUCCAAUCGGGGGCGAGUGUGGUGCUGGACCGUUGCAACAUGAGCGUGGAGCAGCGCGCCGAGUUCCUCGCGCUCGCGCGCAACUGCUACGUGCAGUCGCACGUGCUCGUGUUUGACCUCCCCGUGGCGCUCGUCGUGCAGCGCGCGGUCAACCGAGUCAACCACGAGGGCGGCGUGCAGGGCCCCCGGGCUGCGAGCAUCAUACGGCACCAGAUGAAGAUGCGCGAGCCCCCUGCAGCGGUGGAGGGCUUUCAGCGCGUCACUGUGUGCCGCACCGACGCCCACGUCGACCAGGCGCUCUCCUUCUACCGCGCGCUCUGCCCCUCCACUUUCGCUGCUGCCAGUGGUGGUUGUGCUGCUGAGGAUCCUGGCGUGGUGGGGCUGCAAGGGGCGGGAGGAGGAAGCCUGGAGGUGCAAAGAAUGCAGCAGAGGCACGGGGGAGAGGAGCUAGACGCGCGGGUACGGGAGAUGCAGCUGGGGCACUGGAGAGAGGGGGAAGAUGCGCAAGCGCAGGGACAGGGAUCAGAGGGAGCAGAGGGAGCAGAGGGAGCGAGGCAGGGAGGCCUCGUGGACGGGCGGGGGGAGGGCCUUGUGGAUGCGCAGGGGGAAGGGCUCGUCAAUGGACGGGAAGAGGGUUGCGCGGAUGGGCGGGGAGCAGAGGGGGGUGAAUGGCGACAUGUGCAUGCACAUGGGAACCUGGAGGGCUCGUAUGGGUUGAGGCAAGACGGAUGUGAGCAGGUUGCUCCUGCCGCUAAUGAAGGGGCCGAGAAAAACGAGGGUCGGCAAAGAGGAGGGGAGGGGGGAGGCAAGGGCGACGAGCACGAUCAGGAGAGGGGGGAGCGCAGAGAUCACCAGAAGGUGGAUGGAAACAAGGGAGAGGAGCAGGACGAUGAGAUAGACGAGGAGGAGCAGCAGCCACCGCAGCCACCGCCGCAGCAGCAGCAACAGCAAGCGCAGCAGCGGGAGGCAGCAGGACGGUGGGUGCUGGCGUUUCCGUCCAUCUCAACGGCUGACUUCAAGUUUGACAGGGAGAGGGCGGCUGCAGUGGUGCUUGACUGCGUCACUGAGUUCCUCUGGCGCAACGGGGGCAGCAGUCACGGCAGCACCACUGCCAGGAGUGCGGGCGAGGGCAGAGUGGGUGCGGAGGGUCGUGAGGGUGGUGGGGACUGUGAGGGUGGUGUGGGUGGUGUCGAGGAAGGGGAGAGGGAAGGGAGCAGGUUUGAAGGGAUGGUUAUAAGUGGUACUGGUGCUGCCACUGCUGCUGACGAUGGUGGUGGUGGUGCGGUUGCUGGCACUAAUGUUGAUGCUAGUGCUGCUGCUGCUGCUGUUGCUGCUGCUGCUGCUGCGAUGAGGUCGGAUGGCGGCAUUGAAUGCCACGUCAUCGCAAACUCGGCCAACUGCCGUCUGUUACCGGCCCGUGAGGGGGUAAGGCACGUGGUGCACGUGGUGGGACCCAAUAUGAAUCCUCGUCGCCCCAACUGUCUGGAUGGUGACUAUAACGAGGGCGAGAGGCUGCUCAGGUCCGCGUAUGGGGCGCUCUUUAGAGAGUUCCGCCUGCUGGCCAAGGGGGGAGAGGAGGGGCGCGCGGAUAGGGCGGAUGGAGGGGAGGAGGGAGUGGGGAGAGUGAGGGCGAGGGAGCAGGGUGGAGAUGGGGAGAGAGGGAUGGAAGGGGGAGUGGAAGGGCGAGGAGGCUGGGGGGUUGUGGGGGAAGGUCGGGUUGGGAAAGAGGGAUUGGUUGCAGCUGAGGGUGGGAUGAGGGGAGAAGGGAGGAGGUGGGUGGAGGAGGCACGUGAUGGGCUUGCAGGGACGAAGGUAAGAGAGUCUGUGGGAGGAGAAGAGAGGGGAAGGGAGGAGAGGGACAAUGGUGGGUCGUGGGAGGAUGGGGUAGGUGGCGGAGUGGGGAUGAGGAGAAGAGAUGGAGGUGCUGGGGGUGAUUCUGGAAAGGGGAAGAGGAAAGCUCGUGAGGGUGAGAGGGACGAGGUCGACGAGAGGAGAGCAGUGGGAGCGGGGAGUAAGAGGAGAAGGGACGAGGAGGGGGGAGGUGAGAGGGAAGGCGAGGGGAUUAGGGAGCUUGAAGGGAAAGAGAUGGAUGAUGAGAAGCGAGGGGAGCAGGGGUUUGGAGGAGAAAGGAGAACGGGAGGACGGGAGAAUCUGGGAGGGGAAGCGAGGGAGCAGCAGCGCCAGCAGCAACAGCAGCAGCAAGGCAGGGAGGAUUCAGGCGUGGGGAAGGGUGAAGCUGCACGAGAUGCAUUUGCGGUGCUGAUGGGGAGGGGCAGGAAGAGAAGGGCCGAUCACCAGGCCGCUGAUCCAACGGCUCAGAUGGUGCAAGAGAUUCGCAUGCCUACAGGGGAUGGUGGUGAUGGUGGUGGUGGCGGCAGCACAGCUGCUGCUGCCCGUGCAGCUGCAGCUGUGCAGUUGAAAGCAGCGGCCGCAGCAGAGAGAGGGGCAACAGCAGCGGAGGCAAGAGCAGAGUUAGACGCACGAGCAGCAGCGCUAGCACGAGCAGUGGCAGAAGCAGCAGGGAAAGAAUCCUUUGACCCUGCAGGCAGGCCAGAAGGCGCCAUGGUAGCGCAAGCCCCCUCCCCAACCACCGUUAUGUCUUUCACCACCUCUACCACCCCUAGCAGUGACACUGGCACCGCCUCCACCUCAGCUGGGGCUGACUCCACGUCAGCCAGAGCUGAUUCCACGUCAGCGGGAGGCGAGAGGGGGUUUUGGUCGCGUGGGGACAGCUCAGCAGCUGCUGCGGCUGCUGCUGUGGCGACAGGUGCUACUAGCGAAGGCUGGGGGGUUGGGGGGUCGUAUGGGAGAGGGAGUAUGAGGAGGGAAGGGCGUAGUGAUCAUAGGGAGAGGGAAGUGAGACGAAGGGAAGGUGAUGGGAGUGAGUUGGGGGUUCGAAUGGGUGCUGAGGAGUUGGCCAGGGUAGGGAUGGGGGCGGAUGGGGGAGGUGAUGCUGCUCGUGCGUAUGAGGGAGAGGAGGUAGAGAGGGAUGCCCGUGGGCUGAACAGAAGCGGUGCUGAUUUCGCUCAUGCUCAUUCUCAUGGUGCCGCCGCCACUGCUGCUAAUGCUGCUGCUGUUGGUGGUGCCAGCGGAAAUGACGAUUUAGCACCACUUGGGGCAGGAUCAGCAGCAGCAGAAGAGUUGCCAAGUGCUGCUGAUUCCCCACCAGCGGCUCAGGUGCCCUCUGUGGAUCUCCAGGUGGUAACAACAGAGCGCCAGGUGCCUCUAGCAGAAGCUCAGGUGCCAUUAGCUUCAGCAGGACACUUCACUACACCACCAACACACGCCUCAGGACCAACAUCAGUCUCCCUCCAGCCCACUAGAGCCGAGGCUGUGGCGCAGGCUCGGGCCCAGCCAGGGUCCGAGGCUCGGGCCGAAGGUGGAGCUCAGGGUAGGGCCCAGGCUGGGGCGGGCAGGGAGAUUGGGGCAGCAGCACACUCACGGCCAAUCUCAGCCCCUGCUCCUCCUCCCCGCCCUCCCCUUCCCCGUGCUCCUGGGGAGCUGGACCGGGCAGGAAUUGCAGGCAGGCAGGCAGCAGGAGAGGCACGGUUGGGCUCUGUAGCAGGGGGGGCAGGGGAACAGGCCCUUGGCGUGUGGGUGGGCCGGGGGAGGGCAGCAUUUCGACCGAAUCUUGAUAGGGUGGCAGAGGAAGAGGGACGAGACGGGGGGGUGGACAGGGGCGGGAAUGGGGGGAAUAGCGGAUAUGGCGGGGGUAGGGGAGAGCUGCUUCCCCAGCGAAGGGGGUUGGAGGAGGGGAGAGGCGGAGGAGUGGGGGCAGGGGGAGGAGGAAGGGCAAGUGACUUGCGAGGAGGAGGAGGGAGCGCAGGUGGAGCAGGGAGCGGAGGGGGAGGAGGAGGCGGGGGAGGGGGAGGCGGCAAGCGAAAGGAGGGGCAUGGGGGGGCAGAAGGUUCCUGGAAGCACGCGCUGAGGGACAUUGCAAUGCGGCCUGAGAGGCACGGCGAUGUGGUGCUGUUUGCCGAUGCCUCCGUGGUGGUCAUCCGCGAUAAGUACCCCAAGGCCCGGCACCAUCUGCUGGUGAUCGCACGAACGGACGGUGUGGAUCGCAUCAUUGACGCCACAGCGACAGAUCUGCCGCUGCUGCGCCACAUGCUGACAGUCGGGCAGCUAUGGGCGGCACACUCCGUUUCACCCUCCUCCUCCUCCAACCCCACUCUGGGAUCCGGCAAUUCACCCACCCCCAGUCCUGCCUCUCACGCUGCACCACAACAAGUCAACUUGCCACAGAAACAACCUGAAAAGUCUCCUGAUGCUGCGGCUCCAGGAGUGUCAGGUGAUCGGCCAGGGGGGGGUCCAGGCAGUGAAGGCGAGCAUGCGAUGGAGAAGGCUCUGCCUGGGAAAGGAGGGCUGGGUGUGACUAUAACGAGGGGCCGGGGACCAGGUGUGACAACAGCAGGGUCAUUGCCUCCUCAGCCUCUGCGCUUCCGCUUUGGCUUCCACCAGGUGCCAUCCAUGCAUCAGCUGCAUCUGCACGCCAUAAGUCAGGACCUGGACUCGCCCCAUCUGAAGCACAAGAAGCAUUGGAACUCCUUCGCCUCUCCUUUCUUCCGGGAUGCACUUCAGGUGAUUUUCCAGAUAGAGCAGCACGGCCAUGUGCUACCAGCUCUGCCGACCACCCAUAUCUCCUCCUCUGUAGCCGGCCAGAAUCUCUUCCCAGGCUCGGGUGAAACCUCCCCCAGGGCUCCCCCCGUUCCUCCAGAGGCAGGAGCGGGAAAAGGGAGUGGUGCAGCUGCAGCAGAGGGUGCAUCUGUAGCAGAGGGUGCAGCCGUAGCAGCAGCAGAGGCAUUGGGUGGGCUGGCCAUAGCAGGUGAUGGAGAGGGUAAGAGUGGAGAGAGGGUGGUGGGUGAGGAAUCUCGAACAGCUGUAGCAGGUGGUGCUGUAGCAGGCAGUGAUGUUGCAGCACGAACACGGUCAAGAUUGGGUGCUUCCGAUGAGCUUGUAGGAGCCUUGGAGAAAGAGGCUCGGCAUCUGCUUCGGCAUGAGCUUCGGUGCCACCGGUGCCGCAGCGUACAGCCGAAUCUCCCGAGGCUGAAGACGCACAUCCGCACCUGUUCUGCACCCAUGCCAGGUUCCCAAGUUGGUCUGGAUAGCAGUGGUGGUGAUGUGGCUGGUGGUAGCAGUGGAGGUGGAGGGGGGUCAGAUACUAGAGACUAG